AUGCCGCCCGAUGAGAUGUUUCAUCGGAUGACCAUGGCGCGCUCUGACCGCCACGUGCACUCCUCUCGGAGUCCGCCGGCCAUGUUCCCGACGAAGAGCUCGGCAACCGAAUCGACCUGCAUGGAUAAGAGCGCUUUAUCCCUCAGCAUGUCCACUUCUUUCUCCCACAGCGAGGGCGCUUCUGACAGGCAGAUACCGAGCGAGGAGACGGUAUGCGUCCCGCGACUCCCGCAGCCGCCUGAAGUUUGGGUCUGUUCACGGCCAGAGGAGCCGGUGACCAUCCGACGAAGGAUUUCAGGCAGGGUGGUCCACGAUGAGAUCGACUCCCACUCUGUGGCACCGAGCAGUGUGUCGGAUGAGGCUGGAGGCAAAGGCAGCCGCGAGCGAAGUGCUCGCAGCACGAAAGGCGGGAUGGCACAAGAUUUCUUCCACGAACGAAGACUAAUCUCCGAACCCGCGCCGGCUGGCCAGAUACCACGGCCUUCGCUGUCCCUCAUCGAAUCCGAUCUGGAGCAGCUUUAUGCGGCCGCACGGGCUCCCCACUCCUGGAAUCAUUCGUGCCAGCCAGGGCUGCAUGACUUGCGCAAUCUGGCCUGCCGAAGCGACCAAGGGCCUGCGUCUGUGUCAGCUUUGCAUCAGUGCCCGUACUGCCAGCGAUUGCCCGAGAUUCCGGCAGAGGCUACUGCGCCCAGGGGCCCCUGGAUUCUACCUCCCGCGGUACUGGAUGAGGACUCGCGUAGCUUCUCGUUCUCGGAAGCUGGGCAGGAGGCGAAAUGGAGGUCGGUGCAGCCGCAUGAAGGCUCCAUGCCUUGCACGGUGCGGACAUCAUCAGCAUCGCACGGUAGGUUCAACGACAGGCAAGCGACGCACGAUGCUGAGCGCCCACAACACCACACGUGCGGUGUGCGACGGGCCGAGGAACAGUCCCAGGCAUCGUUCGGCUCUCGGCCAAGUUCCCAAAGAUCAAGCAGAACAGGGCUUCGAGAGGAUCUCGCAGAGAGCCAGGAGCUACGCGCCAGAGGCCGCCAGGCGCCAGUCCAGCGGCAGUCCGGGCCUUCGACGAGCAGGUACGUUGAGUCGCGGCCGGUGGGCGCCGAGACAAACUCGACGGCUCUGAGAGCUGCGCGGGCAGACGAAGUGGAGUCAAAUCUGAAUCCAUCUGAACAGGCUUCGUGGGACAGACACAGCCGCUUGCCGCCGCCACCGGAACGAUGGCUCGAGGCGCAGUCCUUUGCAGAACCCGGGCGCCAGCUCCGGCGUUUGGCAAAACGGAGAAAAGCCCUCGCCAAGGAGCUGCGAGCGCGACUGCCGCGCAAGAGCAAUUUGUGGGUGGGCGGGCUUCAGGGAUGUACAUGCUUACAGGGAGGGUUGAAAACAGCUGCAUGGCUUGCGAUUCUUGCGUCCAGCUGCUAG